UUGAAAUAGCACUGUGGUAAACAACUGGUCGUGGAUCUUUCUUUCUUUCUUCGCCCUAGUCUACAUUUAAAAUUUAGAUCAACCCAGCUACAUCACUCAGGGAUAUAGAAAAAUUCACACCCCUGAUCAGUAGUUAAGCCAAUUUAAACCCCGAUGUAGAUGGGGCAAGGCCAAUGGAAGAAUUCCUCCCUCAACCUAGCUACCUCCGGUCGGGGAGGUGGAUUACCUGUAUCAACAGAAAACACCCUUCCGUCGAUCUGGGAAGUGUCUACACUACAGCAGCAUGAGCCUCCGUAGUGUAGACAUGGCCUCUUUCUUUCUUUCUUUCUUUCUUUCUUUCUUUCUUUCUUUCUUUCUUUCUUUCUUUCUCCCAGCAGUUCGUAGCACUUGCUCAAUCUGUGACUCUAGCCAACUGGAGCAAUACUCUCAUAAGGUUAAUUAAAGAGGAGGGAAAUAGCCAACAACUCAUCAUUAGGAGGCAAUUAAGAAUGGCAACAAAGGCGUCGCCUCACCCAUAAAGCCACCCAGCUGCCCCAGGGGGGAGGCGGUGAUGGGGCGCAGUGCAGUUAAAAGCAGCACCACCCAGAGAAGAGGUAGGAGAGCUUCACGGGGGGCAGGAAAGGGGGCCAGGGUUGGUUCUGCCAGGCUUCCGUGCAACAUUUGGAGUGAGUUUGCAGCCGCUCAUUGCUGGGCCAGUCUCACCACAAGAGAGAGAUCCUCUGGAGCUGCUCUCCAGGAUACAGCCAGACCCAUCCUGCUGGAUUCUCCACAGGAGGUCGAGAGAGCUCCCACCCGCGCCAGGACAUACAGCUAGGACACGGCCAUCCCUGCUCUUGAGGCGACAGAUGAGGGGCUGGUGAGCGCUUGGCCCUCGCGGGGAGAAGCCUGAGACAUAGAACGGGCUCAGAACAACGUGACUUGACAGAGAGACCGGCUUUAAUACAGUCCUUUAGCAGGAUGGCUAUGGAGCUGCUGAACAUCGUGUUGCUGCUAGUGCCGGCAGUGAUAGCACAGACGGACACACGGGUCAUCGGGGGCUACCCCUGUGAGAGACCCCAGCCCUGGCAGGCCGCUAUCUACGAUUUAAACCGGCUGUACUGCGGAGGGGUGCUCAUCAACAAGGACUGGGUGCUGACGGCUGCCCACUGCAGGCUGCCUGGCACCACCAACAUACGGCUGGGCGAGUACAACCUGCGGAAGGUGGAUGAGACCGAGCAGCUCCGGGUGGCUGCGAAGAUCAUUCCCCACCCCAACUACGACCCCGCCACCAAGGACAACGACAUCAUGCUCAUCAAACUCGCCACCUCCGCGCAGCUGAAUAACAAUGUGCACCCCAUCGCACUGGCCAGCAGCGCCGCCCAGCCGGGGGCCAUCUGCCAGGUGUCCGGAUGGGGCACCACCACCUCCCCACAACCGUCAUUCCCGGCUUUGCUGCAAUGUGCUGACCUCAGGAUCCUCUCAGCAUCGGAAUGUCGACAAGCCUAUUCCAGCCUGGUCACUGACAACAUGCUCUGUGCCGGCGCCAGACAAGGAGGCAUCGAUUCCUGCCAGGGUGACUCCGGGGGUCCCCUGGUAUGCAGCGGGAUCCUCCAAGGCAUUGUGUCGUGGGGGUUGGAGGAGUGCGCCCAACGUAACAAACCGGGUGUCUACACCAAGGUCAGCAAAUACAUCAGCUGGAUCCAGCAAACCGUACGGGGCGGGUGAGUUGCCCCGGGAACCUCAA